AUGGAGGAUGGGGGUGUUUGUGGAGCUGACUCCUCCAUUGAGCUGGUUAAUCGCCCACCACCAAUCACCAUGACAGAUGAACUCCUUCUGGCACUCAAAUUUGUUUUCGGUCCAGCUGCCUUGCAUGCCUUAGAGCUGGUGGAUCGACGUUCAGUUACACUCGUUCAGUCACCUAGUGGAAGAUCACUGUACCAGGUUGAAGGAAGCUCUGGUCAGGUAUAUCAUUGCCUAAGCUCCUGCCUUUACUGCUCAUGUCCAGCCUUCGUGUAUUCUGUUUUACGAAGGAAUGACAAUAUAUUGUGUAAGCAUAUUCUUGCUGUAUAUCUGUGUCAAGCCAUGGGAGUGUCCCACCAGCUGAAAGUCUCAGACAAGCAACUCACCAGCUUUCUGCUGGCCAAGGAUAAGGAACCUGGAGCCUCACCACAUUAAAGGUCACCUUUCAAUUUGGAGAAAGGAAAACUGCUAAGAGACGUUUUUACGUGAUGUACAAGCCUACAGAUUGGCCAUUGAUGUCCCCCAGUUACAAAGCUUGAGUCUGCUGUACAAAGACGACUAACUGCAAACAACAAGAAGCAGGCAAGCUUUUCAAUGAAGAAGAUAACACUUCGAUUAUUACAGUUGCUCGAAUAAUAGAAAUGUCAGAUGGAAGGAGACAGCAUUGUUCCAAGCACUCUGGAAGAGGAAAAAGAUGUUUCAUUUCCAAACCCGUGUAACUUUUAGCCCCCAAGGUUGUGUGUUGCCAAAAUAAAAACAUCUGACAACGUC